GGCGGAGCUUGCAGGCGGGCGCAGGCGGCGGAGAGCCGAGGCGGAGGCGGCGCCGGCCCGGGAGGCGGCGGCGGGCGGCGAGCGCGCGGCCCUAGCGAGGCUGCUGGGGCAGCGGCGGCGGCGGGACGGGCGUCGUCGGCGAGGAUGCUGUCCCGCAAGAAAACCAAAAACGAGGUGUCCAAGCCGGCCGAGGUGCAGGGCAAGUACGUGAAGAAGGAGACGUCGCCCCUGCUGCGGAAUCUCAUGCCUUCGUUCAUUCGGCAUGGUCCAACAAUCCCAAGACGGACUGACAUCUGUCUUCCAGAUUCAAGCUCUAAUGCUUUCUCAGCUUCUGGAGAUGGAGUAGUUUCAAGAAACCAGAGUUUUCUGAGAACUCCAAUUCAAAGGACACCCCACGAAGUACUGAGGAGAGAAAGCAACAGACUGUCUGCCCCUUCCUCGUACCUUGUCAGGAGCCUGGCAGAUGUUCCACGAGAGUACGGCUCAUCACAGUCGUUUUUAACAGAAGUUAAUCUUGCUGUUGAAAAUGGAGACUCUGGUUCCCGAUACUUUUACUCAGAUAGCUUUUUUGAUAGUCAGAGAAGGCGGCCACUUGGAGAGCGUGCCCCGGAAGACUACAGAUACUAUGACUGCAACCAUGAUCUCUUCCAAAGAAUGCCACUGAAUCAGGGGAGGCACACUUCAGGUAUUGGGAGAAUUGCUGCUACAUCCUUAGGGAGUUUAACCAACCAUGGGUCUGAAGAUCUCCCCCUCCCCCCUGGCUGGUCUGUGGACUGGACAAUGAGAGGGAGAAAGUACUACAUAGAUCAUAACACAAACACAACUCACUGGAGUCAUCCUCUUGAGCGAGAAGGGCUUCCUCCUGGAUGGGAACGCGUAGAAUCAUCAGAAUUUGGAACCUAUUAUGUGGAUCACACAAAUAAAAGGGCUCAAUACAGGCACCCCUGUGCUCCCAGCGUCCCUCGGUAUGAUCAGCCUCCUCCUAUCACAUACCAGCCACAGCAAACUGAAAGAAAUCAGUCCCUCCUGGUCCCUGCAAAUCCUUACCAUACUGCAGAAAUUCCUGACUGGCUUCAGGUUUAUGCCCGAGCCCCGGUGAAAUAUGACCACAUUUUGAAGUGGGAGCUCUUCCAGCUGGCUGACCUGGACACAUACCAGGGAAUGCUGAAGUUACUCUUCAUGAAGGAACUGGAGCAGAUUGUUAAGAUGUACGAGGCCUACAGACAGGCUCUUCUCACUGAGUUGGAAAACCGCAAGCAGAGACAGCAGUGGUAUGCCCAGCAGCACGGCAAGAAGUUUCUAAGUUAACUUAUCACAUCCAAGCUUUGUAAGAGCUUUAACAUUUUCAGAUAAGUGACUGCAAACAACUACUUUAGUUAAUAAAGGCAACUUACUCUGGAAUUAUAAAAUUCUAGUUUUACAUAUAUUUUGUUACCAAAAUUUUUCUUUUAUUGAACCAAAAAAGUUUUAUCAUUUAAAGAGCUGAUAUGGUAUACACUUCCAAAUGCUGUCUAUUAAGAAGCUGCUUUGGUCGUCUUGAAAAGGAGUGCAGGAAGAAAACAGCAUCAUAACCAGGCGCUGGCAAGCAGUCACUCUUCUGACGGAAUACACGCUUCUUGUGCAGAAAAAGAAAGAGGGUGAGAACUUAAUUGUGUGUGAAGUACUUUCUGGAAUAAGGUGGAUUGGCCAUUCCCAUGGGUGUGCUGGGACCUGUAUUGUGAUGGACUUGUAUACAAGUAUGUGGUCAUCUCCUCCCCCUCCUCCCUAAUGUAAAGGGGCACUUUUGCAGCGGGCAAUAGAGCCUUUCAGCAAUACAUUGAACACAAAGCCUUAGCCUGUGUGGGGAAAGUUGUGCAACUGUUACUAAUACUGCUUCUUUCCUUUGAGCCAGAGCACAGAACUCCAGUUAGCAAGGCUCCGGUGACACAACACAGGCUUCCUGACCACAUAGCACGCUGCCUGCACCAGGCUGGGCUAAGUUGCCAAAAAUGACAAUCAGGGAUCCAGUAAGAACUCUUGGUCACUUGUAAGUUUUAUAUUAUCUUUUCUUAGAGAAGUAUUUGUCAUAAAGGUUUAGAAACAGGCCAUUCUUCCCCAUUUUUCUUACCUUUGGCUUAUACUUGUUUAUAAUUAGUGCCAAACACUUAAGAUAAAUUUAUGGACCUUCCAGCUGUAAAUCUAGAAUUCUGUGAGUUUCCUAGCUCUUCAGUUGUGCUUAC